GCUCCCUUUUCUCGGUUGCUAUGGCAUCCAAAGGCAAGUGGGGGGCCCUGAAGGAGCACUUGACCAGCAGCCCCCCUGACCCAGAUGCUCACCUGGAAGCCAACUUGGAGAACUCAGAUCCAGAGCUAUGCAUACGACUACUACAGGUACCCACAGUGGUCAACUACUCAGGGGUGCGGCGGCGUCUGGAGGGGAGUGACCAGGAAUGGAUGGUGCAGUUCCUGGAGCUCAAUGGACUGGAUCUGCUGAUGGAGGCCCUGCAGAGGCUGUCUGGCCGGGGGUGUGCCCGCAUCGCUGACGCCCUCCUCCAGCUCACCUGUGUGGCCUGUGUGAAGGCAGUGAUGAACUCUUCAGCUGGGCUGCACUUUAUUCUAGACAAUGAGGGAUACGUCAGGACCCUGUCGCAAGGUGAGAAAGAGGGUUAGUAAGCAGGGUGGCAGGCGGGUGGUAAGGGAGCUUGGGAAGAGGUGAACAGGCCUGCCUGUCUUGUCUGUCUGUCUGCUGGGACAUGAUCUCUGUUUUGAUUGGCAGCCCUGGACACGUCCAACACCAUGGUGAAGAUGCAGGUGUUUGAGCUGCUGGCGGCCCUCGGCCUGUUUAACCCACAGGGACACCACCUGGCCAUGGAUGCCCUGGAGCACUAUAAAGUGAGGCCACCUUUUUUCAUACAGCAUAACAUCAUAAAUGUACAUGUAGACAAAUGAUUUAUAUUAAUAUUUUUCACUUUCAAAGCAAUUGUCAGCUGAAGCAGCAUUGAUGCCCCAUGUGUUCAUACAAAGUAUGAAAGGAGGCUUGUGGAAAUAUAUUUUCCCUCAUCUAAGGGACGGAAAACCUAUUUUAGAUAAGACAUCUUCUGCUCCCGCUUCAUGAAUUAGGGAUGAUAACCAUAAGUCAUCUUUAACUGUGUGUCUCUGACAGAGUGUGAAGAUGCAGCAGUACCGCUUCAGCGUCAUCAUGAAUGAACUGCAUACGACUGAUAACGUUCCGUACAUGGUCGUCCUCAUGAGUGUGGUCAACGUGAUCAUCUUCGGAGUAGAGGACCUGAGGAAGAGGGACAAACUACGCAAAGAGUUCAUCGGUAUCACUACCUCUUAAUCAUGCUUUUUCAAAACUCAUGUAAUAGAGACACAGAUAUUAGUGUGAAUAGAAGAAAAGAGACAAGGAGAUGAAGUCCCUCAUUGUCUCGUGAGAAAGGUUUCAAUUGCCAUAGGUAUGUCUAAUUGACGUGGAAACAGUCGGAGGCUUAAGGAGUGUCUGAACUCUUAAAAGCUAGAAUCCAUAGUUGCUACCUCAAUUUCUGGACUUAUAAAUGAUUUAAAAAAAAAUAUAUAUAUACAUAUAUAUAUACAUACAUAUAAACAUAUAAACAGUUGAAGUCGGAUGUUUGCGUACACUUAUGUUGGAGUCAUUAAAACUACUUUUUCAACCACUCCACAAAUUUCUGGUUAACUAACUAUAGUUUUGGCAAGUCUGUUAGGACAUCUACUUUGCAUGACACAAGUCAUUUUUCCAACAAUUGUUUACGGACAGAUUAUUUAACUUAUAAUUCACUGUAUCACAAUUCCAGUGGGUCAGAAGUUUACAUACACUAAGUUGACUGUGCCUUUAAACAGCUUGGAAAAUUCCAGAAAAUGAUGUCAUGGCUUUAGAAGCUUCUGAUAGGCUAAUUGACAUCAUUUGAGUCAAUUGGAGGUGUACCUGUGGAUGUAUUUCAAGGCCUACCUUCAAACUCGGUGCCUCUUUGCUUGUCAUCAUGGGAAAAUCAAAAGAAAUCAGCCAAGACCUCAAAAAAAAUGUGUAGACCUCCACAAGUCUGGUUCAUCCUUGGGAGCAAUUUCCAAAUGCCUGAAGGUACCACGUUCAUCUGUACAAACAAUAGUACGCAAGUAUAAACACCAUGGGACCACGCAGCCGUCAUACCGCUCAGGAAGGAGACUCGUUCUGUCUCCUAGAGAUGAACGUACUUUGGUGUGACAAGUGCAAACAAUCCCAGAACAACAGCAAAGGACCUUGUGAAGAUGCUGGAGGAAACAGGUACAAAAGUAUCUAUAUCCACAGUAAAACGAGUCCUAUAUCGACAUAACCUGAAAGGCUCAGCAAGGAAGAAGCCACUGCUCCAAAACCGCCAUAAAAAAGCCAGACUACGGUUUGCAACUGCACAUGGGGACAAAGAUAGUACUUUUUGGAGAAAUGUGAAACACUGAUGAAACAACAAAAAUAGAACUGUUUGGCCUUAAUGACCAUUGUUAUGUUUGGAGGAAAAAGGGGAACGCUUGCAAGCCGAAGAACACCAUCCCAACCGUGAAGCGUGGGGAUGCUUUGCUGCAGGAGAGACUGGUGCACUUCACAAAAUAGAUGGAAUCAUGAGGAAGGAAGAUUAUGUGGAUAUAUUGAAGUAACACCUCAAGACAUCAGUCAGGAAGUUAAAGCUUGGUCACAAAUGGGUCUUCCAAAUGGACAAUGACCCCAAGCAUACUCCCAAAGUUGUGGCAAAAUGGCUUAAGGACAACAGUCAAGGUAUUGGAGUGGCCAUCACAAAGCCCUGACCUCAAUCCUAUAGAAAAUGUGUGGGCAGAACUGAAAAAGCGUGUGUGAGCAAGGAGUCCUACAAACCUGACUCAGUUACACCAGCUCUGUCAGGAGGAAUGGGCCAAAAUUCACCCAACUUAUUGUGGGAAGCUUGUGGAAGGCUACCCAAAACGUUUGACCCAAGUUAAACAAUUUAAAGGCAAUGCUACCAAAUACUAAUUGAGUGUAUGUAAACUUCAGACCCACUGGGAAUGUGAUUAAAGAAAUAAAACCUGAAAUCUAGCAUUCUCUCUACUAUUAUUCUGACAUUUCACAUUCUUAAAAUAAAGUGGUGAUCCUAACUGACCUAAGACAGGGCAUUUUUACUAGGAUUAAAUGUCAGGAAUUGUGAAACUGAGUUUAAAUGUAUUUGGCUAAGGUGUAUGUCAACUUCCGACUUCAGCUGUAUAUAAUCCAUUUGAUUCUUGAAGAAUAUAGCUUAUAAAUGCCUCAUGAGCUUAGUUUAACUGUCGUACCCCAUCAGAACCCAAAAUAUUAGCUGGUUUUUCACCAAUGUUUGAAAUCAAACACUGUAUAGCCUCGGAACAUGGUUAAAAUCAUAAUUUUGUUAUCAUGGAUGGUCAGUCCCUGCAUCCAUAGCUCUAUUCAUUUGAGUGGUUACAUUUCUCCAGGCCCAUCCUGGAAACAGAGGUGGGGUGCUGCUUUGUUAUUGUUUGAAUUAAGGACUCUAGCUUUAAAGAUCAACCUUGCACAAAUGGAUUACUAGUAUCAAUAAGUACCACACCAGUGCUUACUUGGUGUGCCGUGUUACAUAUGUUGCAAAAAUAAAUCAGAAUAAUGAAGAUAUUCCAAUCGUUAUAAGCAAUGACUUGAAUACAGGAAAUGGAGAUGGACAUGUCGAACUGGAUACACAUUUUGAACAUGGCUGUGAUUAAAUUAUUUGUCUUCCCAGGGCUUCAAUUACUGCAUUUAGUUCCAAAACUUAGGUAAGUUUAUUUUUUUGCAUAAUUAUUUGGGAUUCCAUUUUGUAAAUUAGCAAAUGCUUUGUUCUUCACGGCACACAUUUUCUUUCACACUGCCACUUGUUUUAUCCCAUGGAAAUGCAUAUUUGUGUGUGUUAAAGAGAGACCGAGGAUGUGGACCUGAACAUCCAGUGCGAGGCCUUUGAGGACACCAUGGCAGAGGAUGAGGAGGAGAUGGAGAGGGUGUACGGAGGCAUCGACAUGAGCAGUCACCAGGAAGUCUUCACCACACUCUUCACCAAAGUAAGCACCAAUAAAGGGUAUAUUUAUUUGUAAAUAAAACCCACAGCAGAUAAUACAAAUAAUAUAAUUUCCUCUCUCUCCCCUCGCCCCAGUUGAGUAGCUCCCCUGCAUCGGUGCAGCUGCUGUCCAUCCUGCAGGCUCUGUUGUUGGUAGGGCCGGAGCGCAGCGAGGUGUGGCUGGCCCUGGAGGCCCUGGCUGACCGUGCUACUUUGCUGGCACAGGACCGUGAGUCUCACAUCAAUCACCUUCUCAUAGUCCAUAAACAUUAUUUUCACAAUUUAUUUAGUGUGGCCCUGUACGCUGACAUGAUUUGGCUGGUUUAAGUCGCGCUUACAUUGUCUGUGCGUGUGUGUUCUUUAGCUGAAGUUGACUCCACCAAGAGCCUGAUGGAACGUCUGGUGUUCUCCAAGGGUCAGCAAGGGUCACCUAAGGUCAAGACCACUGACCGGGGCGUUCAGAUAGACCUGAUGGACAGAUUGACCGAUCAAUCAGAUGUCCUCAUUAAAGAAUCUACUGCCCCUAUUGCCUCUGCUCCACCUCCUCCCUGUCCUCCUCCCCCUCCACCACCACCCCUACCAAGCAUGAGAACUUUCAUCCCAUCCCCUCCACUUCCUGGCUUCUCUGGGAUGCCUCCCCCACCACCUCCCCUUGGUCUCCCUCCUCUGCCACCUCCUCUACCAGGGAUGGGGCAUGGAGGUCCACCGCUUCCCCCACCCCUACCUGCCAUGAUGGGUCCUCCACCUCCCCCACCCUUGCCUGGGAUGGGUCCUCCACCUCCCCCUGGUGGCGGUGACAUGAUAGUGGCCCAGAGUGUGCAGACUCAGGGGCGAUCCUUUUACGCCCCUUCACCCAAGGCGGGCCGCUGCCCCACACUGCGUAUGAAGAAGCUCAACUGGCAGAAGCUGCCAUCCAGAGUGGUGACUGGUAAGGGACAUGUCAGUUUGUGUCACCAUUGAAUUAAACUAAGAAAUACAGCUGAUCCUGAUAAGUGCCCAUUGGAUAAAUUCAAACUGUGUAGUGUAUAAAUCACAAUUCAAAUACUGUACAUUCUUUUUUCUCUUGCUCCAGACAGUCACUCCAUGUGGACAUCGGUACAGGCAGAUUCUCUGGAGCCUGACUACUCCAGUAUUGAGGAGCUCUUCUGUCUGCCAGUGACUGAGUCAAAAGCCAAAGGCAGCACCCCUGCAGUCAAACAGGAGCCCAAAGAGGUAGAUGUGGUCUUACCGCAUCUCAUUGUAUUCUUUGAAAUGGCCUUGUAAUCUUACUCUCGCCGCUGCUAUCAUUAUUGUAAUUUUCCUUACCCCAUCCCCUGUUUUCAAGCAUCAUCCUUUUUCUCCAUCUACAGAUUUCUUUCAUCGAUGCCAAGAAAAAUCUUAACCUGAACAUAUUCUUGAAACAAUUCAGAUGGUGAGUAUUUUCAGAGAAGGAAAUAUGAAGAAGAGAACCUUAGUAGAGGAACCAACUUAAGACUUGAUAUUUAUAUUAGAAGAGUUAAAAAUACAUUUUGUGUCCCCUACCAGCUCACAUAAGGACUUUGUGGCCAUGAUUCAAAAAGGCGACCGGUCCAAGUUUGAUGUGGAGGUGCUGAAACAGCUGCAAAAGCUACAGCCAGAGAAGCAUGAGGUGCGUGCCGGCCACAGGAACCCCUGCCAAGUUAAUGGUUAAGCCCAAGUGGCUAUACUUUAUUUUUAGAUCUGAAUACAUUUUCAGUUUUGAUAGAUGUACAGUAGUGUUGGAAACCAAAUGUUUGUCAGUUUAUGGUCAUAGAAAAGUGAUAUUUUUUCCACCACUCAGAUUGAGAACCUCAAGUCCUACCAGGGAGAGAGGGAGAAGUUAGCUGGUGUGGACCAGUUUUAUCUCCAGCUCCUAGCUGUUCCAUGGUAAAGUUAUUCACAGCUUGAUAGCGUUCAAUGAGCUAGGACUGAUUCACCCUGGAUGUUGACCUUGGUUGUUUGUAUGUGUUUGACCCCAGCUACGCCCUGAGGAUCGAGUGCAUGUUGCUGUGUGAGGAGAUCAGCUCAGUGUUACAGAUGAUGCAGCCUAAAGCUAAGCUGCUGGACGAGGCCUGUGAGAGUAAGUCCAGGACCACCCUCAGCUGCCCUACCACCCUCAGCUGCCCUACCACCCUCAGCUGCCCUACCACCCUCAGCUGCCCUACCACUAAUUAAACAUCCUUUUAUUUUAUUAUCUUUUAAUGGGUUAUUAUUUCUAUCCUGUAAGGUCUGAGGGUGAGCACUCGACUGCCAAGCUUCUGCAUGCUCAUUCUGGACGUUGGAAACUUCCUCAACUAUGUAAGAAUCCAUAACGUGAUGCCAUACAAUACAUAUAACCAAACACAAAAAAGAUGGUCUCACAACAACGUUGUUAGUGAGAGAACGAGGACCCCUGACGCUGGUCUGUCUAUCUCUGUUCUACAGGGAAGCCACACGGGGAACGCUGAGGGCUUCAAGAUCAGCACACUGUUGAAACUCACUGAAACCAAGGCCAAUAAAAGUCGCAUCACGCUGCUCCACCACAUCCUAGAGGAGGCUGAGCAGAACCAUGAUGACCUGUUGAACCUUCCAGAUGAUCUAGAGAUCUGUGAGAAGGCUGCUGGGUAAUGGGGAAAAAAGCUGUAUACAUCUGUUGCAAUUUUUCAGUGGUAGCAAAACAUUGUAGAGUAAUCAAAUAUUGACACAGGAGGCUAUGCUAAUCUUACCAAGUUUAUUAUUUACUUCCACAGUGUGAAUCUGGAGUCUAUCCAGUCAGAGGCGAGCUCGCUCAUCAAGCGUUUGAAAGAUUCAGAGAAGAAGGUGGCUUCCUCCUCUGUGGAGGCCAUCAAGGAGCAGUAUCUCACUGCCAUACAGGUGGGUUGCUAUUCCUCUCCUCACCACCAGAGAGCAGGUGACUUUGUGGUUUCACACAAGCUCCCCUUUUAAUGGUGUCAGAGGUUAGCAUGCCAUCAGGUUGGUUGCCAGAUCAUAACUAAAUCCCCCUGAAUUGGCUGUCUACUCUAGGGAAGCCAGGAGGCCUGCAGGGAGCUGGAGGCGAGGUUUGCCUCCAUUGACAGGAAGAAGGAGGAUCUGGCACAGUAUCUGUGUGAGGACUCAUCCCGUCUCUCCCUGGAGGAGUUGUUCAGCACUUUACAUUCCUUCAGGGGACUCUUCAUCAAAGCUCUCAAGGUGAGAGAAACAAAUAACUAAUGGACCUACUUCAGCUUAACAACACUUUGCAUCUAUUGACUUUCCUAUAUAAAACCAUUCAAUUCAAGCUUUUAUUCCGAAAACUUUUGACUGUAAUAGGUCCCCCAGUUUUGUUUAAAGAUUAAAUAGCACAUUGCUAUGGUUUCACAUUUGCGUUGUGGACACCUGUGCUACUGUGUUUGCUCUUGCUUUUUUAAAAUGUAUUUUAUCCUAGGACAAUCAGACCCGCCGAGAGCAAGCCAUUAAGGCUGAGAAGAGGAAGAAACAGCAGGAAGAGGAGGAUUCCAAGAGACCAAGGGGGGAGAACAGGAAGAUAAGUGAGUAUAACCGCCAGCCAACACUCCAAAUAAGAGUUACCUCAUGGCCGUCCCUGGUAGAGCCCUGCACGGGCAUUAAUUUGAAGCCCUACCCAUGCCCACGAUGUUCAGGCACCAUCCUACCCAUGUCCGAUUGCUUCUGCCAAAUUUAAGGCCCGGCCCUGCCCGACUCAGAAAGAACUUCCUCUGUUAGUAUCCAUUAGCUGCUAGUCUCUGUCCCUCGCACCCUGUGCUGCUCGCGCUGCAUGCGCUCUGUGCAUGGCUCUGCUUGUGUGAGUAUCCAUAGCAACGCCUCUGCUUGCUGUUCUGCUCAAUGACGAGACGGAGAGCAGUUAGCUGUAAACUAGCUACUUUUCAUCACUCAACUCCGACAACUCAAGGAACAUUUAUUUUUCGGUAAAAUAUUCUUUCAUGUGGACUUAUGGUCUUAUAUUUGACGACGUUGAAGCACUUCUGACACCAUGAUAUGUACUGUGCAGCAGAGCAUGAGCAAAUGGCUCAGCUUCAAAAUGUUAAUGAUCAAUUUAGUGAUACCUGAGCCCUACCCAUACCCUAGUUAUAGAUGAAAAAAACAGGCCCUACCCAGCCCUAACCUGAUAAUGUCGGGGUCCAUCGGUGUCGAGUAGCAGAGCUCUACUCCCUGGUGACUAGUCACGAAUCAAGUGUCCCAUUACCAACAUCAGACGGAUCAUGUGCUGCUUCUGAAAGGGUUUCUGGAUGACGGUCUCGAUACUCUUCAGAAGAUCCCUUUCCUUGUCUGCUCCUUCAUCUGCACUGAUCGAUUAGAACUGGGGAAGUGAAAGCAUUGCUCACACAAGACUUUCAUCGCUCAGUGCAGAUGAAGGAAAGGAGACUAGUAAAUGAUGCCACUUUCGAGGACAGUCGACACCUGAUAAGUGCAGUUCACCAGUCCAAAUUCAAACACACUACCAGAACAUUGCAUGUAUCAAUAGUGGACUGUUUUGAGAUUCACCCUGUCUCUCACCCCCAGUUCGUAAAGCCCCCCCGGUCCAGGAGGAGGGCUGCAUCAUUGACCACCUGCUGUCUGACAUCAGGAAGGGCUAUGCGUUGAGGAAGACCAAGCCUCAGGCCGACAGGACCAGCCUGCCUUCUGCGGACAAGAAAGGGGACAGCAGUCAGCGUGGUGGUGAGCAUGAAGAUAGGACCGGCCAUUGAUUCUGCUGCUGCCCAGGGCUGUUUGAAAUACAGUAUAUAAUGAAGGUCCUGUCCAGUAACUAGGGCCGGGACGUUACCAGUAUCGCGAUACCAAUGUUGGAAAUAAACAUCAUGUUGUCAUCCAGUCAUAUGUAUUUAUUUUCCAACCAAUAGCAAACAAUAUUUUACAUACAGCAGGUUUUUAAAGGACCAAAGAGUUUGGUCUACUUCGUGUUUUCAGUUUUGCCAUGGAAAAAAUAUUGUGAUACUGGUAUCACAGGCCUACCAGUAACACUACCUUACCUCUAACCCCUAGGCACUUGUAGAUCUGAAAGGGUUGAAUGUAGAGGACGUUUGUAAAGGAGGUAACUGUAGUUAAGCGUGCUUUGUGUGAGUGUCUUUUAAUGAAUUGUUUUCCUUUCUCUAAUCCCCUAGAACAGGGCACCAAGCCUAAGGGAUUAUCUGCUAUAGAUGCCAAAGAUGAAGUUGAAAAGGUGACAUCACCCAAUGACCUAGGACAACAAGACGGAGAUCCAGUCAUAGGGGGGGAGUCCUCCGGCCUCCCCACAGACCCCUCACUCCAAUCGAGUUCACCCAAAACCUCAGGCCCCUCAGACCUCCAUACCACCACCAAGGAUCACAUCAAGAGUGAGGACCUCAACCCUGGGAUGGUGUCCUCUACUGACCGCGAGCUCAAGGAGGAGUACCCAGAGGUGGAGGGGGUUAAGGCUGCUGAAUCCAAGGUUGAGAAUGUGAACAGGAAUGCAUUCUCAGCUGGUGGGGAUGGUCCAAAGAACAGAGAUACAGAGACCGAUGGGAACAGCGAGAGUGGGGCUGAUGGAAAUGGGUUAGAGGAGACUCAAUCAUCAGAUUCCCCCUCAACCACAGCUGCUGUCGACGCAGAGUCCAAACAACAGGCACAGAAACGGGGGAAUACUAAGAGGCAUGGCAAAGGUAAUGUCUUCAAAACUAACCUCCUCUCGAUAGAAAAUGAACCAUGCUUGGGAGCAUAUCAGAUCAUAUAUUUUAGGCUUGUAAGAAAAACAUUGUUUCUUGUCUUUAAUUCCCUAAAAACAGCCAUGCGCAAAGGAAAAGGCCACACUAAACUUAAAAAGGUGUGUGUGUUACAAUGAGGUAGGUUCUCCUCCUUUCAGGCUAUCAGAAUCCCAGAAACACCAUCCACUAAGCUUGCAUGGAUCUCACCAGAUCCUUGGUAA